AUGCCGCACCGCGACGAGGUCGCCUACGCCGCGCUCCUCUCGGGCUAUGCUGCGGCAGCCGACUUCCCGGGCGCCAUGGUGCUCUUCUCCCGCUUCCGCGCCUCCUCCCCGCCUCACGCCGCCGCGGACCCGUUCAUCCUCAGCCCCGUCCUCAAGGCGUGCGCUUCCGCUUCCGCCGGCGCUGGCACUGGCACAGGGCUCCUCCCCCUCCCCCACGCCGCGGCGGCGGCCGCGCUGCACGCGUUCGCCGUCCGAUCCUCCGCCGUGUCGUCCGUGUUCGUGUCCACGGCGCUGGCGGACGCCUACGCCAAAGCCGGCCGCCUGGAGCUGGCGCUCCAGGUGCUCGACGAAACGCCCCACAAGAACGUGGUCUCGUGGACCACGCUCGUCGCCUCGCUGGCGCGGGCCGGCCGGCGGCACGAUGCGCUCCGCCGCUUCGCCGAGAUGAGGGCCUCCGGCGUGGCCUGCGACUCCCACGCCUGCGCGGCCGCGCUCACGGCGUGCGCCGGUGGGGGGCUGCCGUCACGCGGCCGCGAGGUGCACGCGCUCUGCGCCAAGCUCGGCCUCGACGCCGUGCCCUUCGUCGCCAACGCGCUCGCGGCGCUGUACGCGCGAUGCGGCGACGUCGACCGCGCGCUGGCCACGGUCGGCCGCAUGGGCACGCGCGACGUUGCCGCGUGCACGACGCUGAUCGCCUCCUACGUCCAGACCGGCCGCGCAGAGGAAGCUAUCGAGGCGUUUGUCAGAAUGCUUCGCGACGAGUCGUCAAAUUCUGCGUCACCGAAUGAGUAUACUUUCUCUGCCGUAAUUGCUGCGUGCCCAAAUAUUGACGGUGCCUAUCUUGGAGAGCAGUUACAUGCACAAGCUGCACGGAGAGGGCUAUCUCAUACCCGUUCUGUGGCCAAUUCCCUUAUAAAACUCUAUGCGCGCUGUGGUCGUCUUUCAGCUGCUGAUGCUAUCUUCCGGGAGAGUGUUGUCAAGGAUGUUGUCUCCUGGAGCACAAUUAUAUCAGGAUAUGCACAGGAAGGCCUCGCCGAGGAGUCUUUUGCCUUGUUCUCAGAAAUGCGGCAUCACAGCAGCUGCCCUCGGCCAAAUGAGUUUACUCUUGCCAGUCUCUUCCGUGUGUGUGCUAGUGCUGCAUCACUGGAUGCUGGACGCCAGCUGCAUGCACUCGCUGUCGUUGCUGGACUUGAACACCAUGCGAUGGUCAUGAGUGCGCUCGUUAACAUGUAUGGAAAGAGUGGUAGCAUGACAGAUGCUAAUGUCGUAUUUUCCAAUCGCACUAAAGAUGAUGUGAUUUCAUGGACUGCAAUGAUCGUUGGGCAUGCUGAGCAUGGUCACAGCAAAGAGGCAUUUCAACUGUUUGAGGAAAUGUGCCGUGUCGGGCUAAAGCCGGACCAUGUUACGUUCAUUGGUGUACUCACGGCUUGCUCUCACGCGGGGGAAGUCGAGCUCGGAUUGAGAUACCUCAAUGCAAUGAACAAAUGCUAUGGACUGGAGCCUGAAAAGGAGCACUAUGGUUGUGUUGUUGACUUGUUAGCCAGAGCUGGUAGAAUACAUGAGGCUGAGGAGUUGAUUGGAAGAAUUGCUGCUGAUGGAAGAGAUGGUGUGGUUUGGACAUCUUUGCUUAGGGCAUGUGCUGCUCGAGGGGCAGAGGAAACUGGAAAGAAAGCUGCAGAGAGGAUGAUGGAGGCAGAGCCAUGGGGUUCAGGAGCACAUGUGGCGAUGGCAAACCUCUAUGCUAGCAAGGGGCAGUGGCGUGAGGCAGCACAGGAACGCCAUUUGAUGAAGCAGAAAGGUGUUCUAAAAGGCGCAGGGUGGUCAUCAGUCGAAGUUGGAGGGGACGACAGGGGGGUUGGAGUGUUUGUUUCAGGAGAUCGGACAAAUCCCCAUGAUAAUGCCAUCUACAUGAUGCUUGAGCUGAUAUACUAUGGAGCCGGAAUGGUUCGCCAAAUCCCUGAUCAGUUGGAUUUAGGAUCUGAAGUGGAGCUAACAGUUUACUAA